AUGUCUCAUAACGACUACUUCCGUCGCGAAUUUAAAGAAGAGUGUAAGAAGACAAGAGAUGCACUUGGCCCAGGAUUUGCGGAUUUGGACCUUGGAUUCGUUUCCAUAGGGUUUUUGAAUGAGGUCUUCAAACCAGGGUACCGAAGCAAGCUGCGAGAAAGCCUUGAAGAUGAUGUGAAAACGCUCAAAUCAGAAGAUUACUUCAACCCUGCUGACAUGGAUGCGCUGGAGUCAGCAGUACGGACGCGAGCUCCAAAACUGUAUGGGAUCCUCCUGAUGAUCAACCAGUCAGAGCGAAUCAUCAAGCUUUUGAAAAAGGAUCCAAUAAUCGAUGACUCCAUCUUCCAGACAAGUCCGGGUUCGAAGCUGUCGUAUUGCUCGGAAGUGCGCUUGAGCGAAGAGCCGCUUCUUCGCGACAUCGCGGCGGAGAUAUACAAGACGCAAUGGCUUGUUCCGCCCCAAUUUAAUUCCGGAACACACGAAAGUUUUCCUUGUGCCUUUUUCAGGUUUCCUUUCGUGGAUGGAGCGCCAAUACACGAAAGUGACGGCUCUUGGGGUGUUGUUUAUCGAGCCAAGAUUGCAGACCGUCAUCUACCGUCAAGCUUAAAUGUUCAGCAACACAACGUUGUGGCUUGUAAGAGCAUCAAGAAACACGACAAUACGACAUGGAACAAGGUUUUGAGAGAGGCAGCAACUCUAAGGGGGCGCAAGCACGACCACAUUGUCCCACUUCUGGCCAGUUUCACUGCAGGUCGAGCCAAUCGUGAACCGAAUGCCAGGCAAGAAUAUUUGUGGUUGUUGAUGCCUUACGCCCAGGCAGGAAGUAUGAAGACUUGGUUUGAGGAGAGUCCAGAUCUUCCAAAACGAGGAUCGGUAAGCUUGGAGGAUGAGUCGUUUCGACACUGCCACAUACGAAAGACGAUGCUGGGACUUGUCUCGGCUCUGGCGUAUAUUCAUAGAGAAAUCAACGGCAUGAUCGGGUUUCACCAUGACAUCAAGCCGAGCAACGUCAUUCUGUUUCUAGAACCGGAGCCUACGUGGAAGAUUUGCGACUUUGGAACGGCCAAUCUCAAAGAUCCAAAGGAAGGUACUGGAACUGCUUUCACACCCGAAAACGAAUUCGGGACAUAUACGUACCGUGCGCCAGAAUUCUUCAAAGAUGAAGGUAUCGCACAACAUGGACGGGCCUUUGAUGUUUACUCUCUUGGAUGCGUAAUGCUUGAACUAGCGACGGUCUUCAUAUAUGGCUGGAAGCCAGAAGGUCUGCCUGCAUUCAAGCAACAGAGGCGAGACGCCUCCGAAAACGUUUACCUGGGAAGGCUCAAACAAAAACCAGAUGCAUCUUUUCACAACAGCCCGAAGGCUGUGGAAAGUUGGAUAAAACAUCUCAGGAACAAAACCGAGUCGGCUGAAGAUUCCAAAAAAUUGUCUGAUAUCAUACAAGCACUGGAUGUAAUUUCGGAUAUGCUGUUGUCUCGCUAUAAAAGAAUAUUUGCUUGGGAAGUCGAGAUGGAUCUAUACGAGAUCUUCAACCCGGAGUCCUCUGUGGAAGAUCGGGCUAAGCGACUUCGAAAUAUCGUUCAGCAAUCUGCAACACCCCUCGACCAGACUAAAGAACAACACAAUCCAAUGAGUCGAGCGAUCCAACGCAACAAAGGUCAGUGGUAUACUGAGAUCCUUCAAGGGCGCGAUUGGUAUUAUAGUGCGCGCGCCUUGUCUAGAAGAUCUACUUCCAGGGCGUUCGAUCUUGACCAUGGCAAACAAAGACCUCGUACGAAUCUGGAGAAAGUUGCAACAACCCGAGAUUUUAGAUCCGCGCAUUUCUUUGGGCGUCAUAACAUUCACGAAAGGAUUAUCAGUGGGUUCCAAGGACACAACACAGUCAUUGGCCUUCACGGGAAAUCAGGAGUAGGCAAGUCUCACUCAGCUUAUUACUAUGCUUUUGGCUUCCAAAAGCCAAAGGAUUCCAAGGACCAAAAGCACACUCUCUGGGUUGACUGCAGAUGCUGGACCAGCAUAUAUAAAUCAUUACAGGACACGAUGCCGUCAGAACUCGAUAAUCCUUCAAUCCUUUCUUUGGUCUCCGAUUGGCUAAGGAAUGAAGAAACUGGCCCUUGGAUCAUGGUGCUCGAUGGUCUUGAGAACGAAACAAUUGCUCAAGAACUCAACGAAGUGCUACCGACAGCCAAUGGAGAGGUUCUCAUCACCACGAAGAACAAGAUCGUCUUAACCAAGUUUCUUCACGUCAACAACAAAGAUGCUUUCAUUCACAUGGAAGACCUGCCACCCCUGACGGCUAGCUACAUCUUUGACUCUCAUAUCAACAGAGAUCUAAUUACGAAUACGGAGUCCAGGAAUUUCGUUGUCGAACGGCUUCCACUGCCUGCACUCAUCAUCUCUAUGGCAGACUAUAUGAAUCAUACAGACUAUACAACACAGAACCUGCAAGAAGAUGAGUGUAGUGGAGCCAAUCAUACCAUUGAAAAGCGAUACAGUGACUUCUCAGAACGCUUACUCAGUCCUCUGUUCCCGAGCUCCGGCGAGAGCAAGGUCACCCGAAAAUUAGACCUAUUGGGCGAAAUGUCUUGCUUGGAUGCCUCAAGCAUCGACUUUGCGCUUCUCCGACAAGUUCAUACCAAGCCUGAUAGGCUACAAUCUCAGCUAAGUGGUCUGGAACAAUGCUCUUUGAUCUCAACCAAGGAAAAUAGAGUCUACACUAUGCAACAGUACGUUCAAGUUGCAGUGUUGCAGUGGUUUCAGGUUCACUUGGGAGAUGAACGCCUCUUACAGCUCUUCGCGACGGCGCUCUGCAUGCUGUACAAGCGCUAUGACGAUGAAACACAGGAGAGGUACAAACAGGUAAAAGGCAAGUCAAGGAUACCUUCGACACAGUGGAAAUUACCGUACAAGCCGCAUUUUGACCGAUUUCUCGAAUUUGCACGCAAGAACAAAAACAAGGCCAGAGCACAGGAGUUCGCAUCCUAUAACAUUCAGGGCAUGGACGUGAUGGUCACUGCUAUCGUCACCUUUUCGAAGCUUUACUUGGAAGAGCACCGCUAUGAUGAUGCCAUCUGUGUACUCGAGUUCGUGGACGACAUAUAUACUGGAUAUGAGAGGCGAUACGAGCUUAAGCGUCUCCUCAUUCGAGCAUAUCUUGAAAAGCCACUGAGGGACGAGUAUAACGACAAAUGGAGCAGAAUUACUAAGCUCUCAGCGGAGCUGAUCGAUGAUGCGAACAGGAGCAACAAUAUUGAGCGAAAAUGGGCCCUCGUGCUUGAUCUUGCUCGAUUCUAUACUGAGUCGCGUCAACCAGAAAAAGCCUUGAGGGAAUUGAGAGGUGUCUGGGAAUUCGAGAUGAGCGUGGAGCAUAACGAGGUCAAGCUUGACAUCUACCUGGAAUUGCAACUCGACAAGACCAAGAAGCGGAAACUUGCUGUGCAGCGCAAAAUUGAAGAAGGUAGAGUUCAUUUUAUGAAUGGCAGGCUUCGACUUCACCAAGGGCUUCGUGACGCGGCAGCAAAGGAAACCGAAAAGGCUAUCAAAUGCUGGGAGGAUGCGAGCCAAGGAACCAUAUCGUGGCAGUUGGACCAUGACGAGGAAUGGGUUAUGGAGAUUGAAGAGAUGGUUGCGGAAGCCUGCGUUGAAAUCGACAAGCCAGAGGAACUGGAAAAGGCAGAGAAAAUACUCAAACGCCAUCUGAAAAGGCUCAAACAGGUUCCAGACCACGGAGAUGCGGAGCAUGCAGCCAAACGAAUUUGGGACAUCGAGUGCAAGCAAGCGAAUAUAUGGAUCAAAAGAAAUGACAAGAAGCACCGAGAAGAUGCCAUCAAGCUACUCAAAAACAGACUGGAAAGAUACAAAGACAUCUACGGGGCCCAGGACGCAUGUACAUGUAAUUGUGCCUAUCUUCUUCGAUCUGCGCUCAAGAAAGAUGACCAGGACGAGGAAAUCAGACUGCUCGAACAGCAGUAUCAACUGCGAGAGAUGAGCGCUGUGCGAGUGCCCACAGUGAAACGAACCGGGAAGUAUCUGUCGCUAUCAAGUCAGCCAUGGUGGUCGGUGGUCCUGAUUGUUCUCAUAACUCAGGGCCUCUUGCAGGUAUUGUUGAAUCGGUGGUGA